GUUUUCUAGUUGGAGACCAAGCCCGAGAACGGCUCUGAGCCAUGCCCGGACUCGUUUUUGCUGUCAGGGUCCGAAUUCGAGUCCCGGAAACGGGUAAUGGUUAUUCCCUGCGGGAUGACUCUUGGGUCUCACAUAACGGUGGUGGGCACGCCUAGGUGGGCCCACUCGGAGUACGACCCGAAGAUUGCGAUACUGAAGGAGGGGGACGAGGCGGUGAUGGUCUCUCAGUUUAUGAUGGAGUUGCAGGGUUUGAAGAACGUGGAGGGGGAGGACCCGCCUAGGAUACUGCAUUUCAAUCCGAGGUUGAAGGGGGAUUGGAGUGGGAAGCCGUUGAUCGAGCAGAACACUUGUUACCGGAUGCAAUUGGGGUCGGCCCUCCGCUGCGAGGGGUGGAAGUCCCUGGCUGAUGAAGAUACCUGUAGGUGGCUUCAAUGUGUUCUAAUUGCUUUGCUUAAUGAAUUGAGAGUUGAUGGACAGGUGAAAUAUGAGAAAUGGAUUCGUGACGAUGACAAUAAGUCGGAAGAAUCGAAGGUCACAUGGUGGUUGAACAGGCUGAUAGGACGAACAAAGAAGGUGACCAUAGACUGGCCAUACCCUUUUGCAGAGGGAAAGCUGUUUAUUCUUACUGUAAGUGCUGGUUUGGAAGGUUUCCAUAUCAAUGUUGAUGGUAGGCAUGUCACUUCUUUCCCUUAUCGCACGGGAUUUGUUCUUGAGGAUGCUACCGGACUAUCUGUAAAUGGAGACAUUGAUGUGCACUCUGUGCUUGCAGCCUCCUUGUCCACAUCACAUCCUAGUUUUUUGCCUCAGAUGCACCUUGAAAUGGUUACUAAGUGGAAAGCUCCGUUUCUUCCCUUUGGGCAUGUAGAGUUGUUCAUUGGCAUUCUGUCUGCUGGCAGCCAUUUUGCGGAGCGUAUGGCUGUGAGAAAGUCUUGGAUGCAGCAUAAAUUAAUCAAAUCUUCACGUGUUGUGGCUCGUUUUUUUGUAGCACUGCAUGGAAGAAAGGACGUAAAUGUAGAGCUUAUGAAAGAAGUAGAUUAUUUUGGGGACAUUGUUAUAGUUCCUUAUAUGGAUAACUAUGAUCUGGUAGUAUUGAAGACUGUUGCAAUUUGUGAAUAUGGGGUUCGCACUGUGCCUGCAAGGUAUAUCAUGAAGUGCGAUGAUGACACCUUUGUCAGGGUGGAUGCUGUGCUCAAGGAAGCACGGAAAAUUCAUGGGUAUAGAAGCUUCUAUAUUGGAAAUAUGAACUACCACCACAACCCUCGCCAUGGUAAAUGGGCAGUGACAUAUGAGGAAUGGCUUGAAGAAGAUUAUCCACCCUAUGCAAAUGGUCCAGGAUACAUAAUCUCCUCUGACAUAGCAAAAUCCAUCGUAUCCGAGUUUGAAAGGCAUAAGUUGCGAUUGUUCAAGAUGGAAGAUGUGAGCAUGGGAAUGUGGGUGUAGCAGUUCAACAAAUCUAAACCGGUGGAGUAUGUGCACAGCUGGAAGUUCUGCCAGUUUGGGUGCAUCGACGACUAUUACACCGCGCCUUACCAAUCUCCGAGACAAAUGAUAUGCAUGUGGGACAAAUUGCAACAACAAGGGAAACCCCAGUGCUGCAAUAUGCGAUGACCAGUAAUGACGCAUUGAUCAACAUUUUUUUUCUUACAGUACAAAGAAUGUGAAAAGAAGAAUACAGAGAAACAAGUUUUGCAGUCAUAGUACACCGCUGUAAAUAUCCGGUGGGGGUUAAUUCUGUCAAUAUUUUCUCACCUGGUUUAGUUUCUAAGUCCCUCAUUUACCGUUUUUACAAUUGUAAAGAAGCUAGAUGGAGAAAGUUACUGUUCUGCCUCUGUAGAAUCUAGCCAACCAUAUGUGGUGAUGUAACCGUGGAUACAGAAAGAGCCUUUGUAAUGAAAGUUGAUUCUUUCUGAGUGGUGAUAAUGCUACAAAAAGAUGGAACCAAAUUCCCUAAUCUUCUUUUUAUAUGCCAUUUCCUUUGGAUU